GGGGACUUGUUUCUGAUGACAACAAGACUCACAGUUUUCUUCAGAUUCUCAGCAGGAAAGCAGUGAUCUAGAACAUUUUCAAACAGUGGUUUUUGGUUUGGGUUUGAGUUUAGGUAGGGAGUUUAAUUGUUUGUGUUUGUGGGUUACAUGUGCAUUUUUGAUAAGCAGAGCUUUUUCACAUGGUAUAUUCUUGACAUGUCACUUUACAGCUGCCUCAGCACUAGCACCAUCAAUCAGUCAGACCGUGUGUAACUCUGGGAUGGAGGUGGAAGGUGGGACCUUGUACAUAACAAGCAGAUGCAAGAGCUCAGCUGCAGACCUAAAUCUCCAUAUAAGCUUCGCAUUUGGAAAAUACUAAAGUUCCUUUGGGCUCAAAUAGAAUUUUACAAGAACACAAUGGAUGGAGAGGAGAAAACCUAUGGUGGCUGUGAAGGCCCUGAUGCUAUGUAUGUGAAAUUAAUAUCUUCUGAUGGUCAUGAAUUUAUAGUAAAAAGAGAACAUGCAUUAACAUCAGGAACAAUAAAGGCCAUGUUGAGUGGUCCAGGUCAGUUUGCUGAGAAUGAAACCAACGAGACUGGACCUUCACGGAGACUGCCGGCUUCUGCUACAUCAUCUAGACUGGACCUUCAUGGAGACUGCUCGGCUAUCCUGCGUCCUGGAGACCCUGCAGCUUUGGAUCUGCUGGACAGGCCUCUUCACCUGCUCUAG